AUGUCUGUGAAACUCUCCAGCUUCACCACCAGUGGAACCGCAUCCAGCAUGGGCGGCGGUGGAAUCAGCAUUAGCGGUGGUGGAUUCAGCAGCGGUGGAGGAUUCAGCAGCGGCGGCGGCAGCAUCAGGAGGAGCUACUCCAGCCAGUCUGCCAUCGGUGGCGGAUUCGGAGGCGGCAGCCGCAUCUCCAUGAGCCGCUCUGGUGGCAUGUCUAUCGGAGGUGGCGGCAUGAGAAUGAGCAUGGGUGGCGGUGGACUGGCCCUCGGAGGAGGCGGUCUGGCCCUCGGAGGUGGUGGACUGGCCCUCGGUGGCGGCGGACUGGCACUUGGCGGUGGCGGACUGGCCCUUGGCGGAGGUAUGGGUGGUGGUGCUGUCAUGAUGGCGGCACCCUCCAUCCAGGCUGUGACCGUGAACCAGAGCCUGCUCGCCCCCAUGAACCUGGAUAUCGACCCCACCAUCCAGGCUGUGAGGACCCAGGAGAAAGAUCAGAUCAAGACCCUCAACAACCGCUUCGCUUCCUUCAUUGACAAGGUGCGCUUCCUGGAGCAGCAGAACAAGAUGCUGGAGACCAAGUGGACCCUUCUCCAGGACACGACCACUGUACACUCCAACAUCGAUGCCAUGUUCGAGGCCUACAUCGCCAACCUCCGCAGACAGCUCGAUGGCCUGGGUGGUGAGAAGGCCAAGCUGGAUGGAGAGCUGAGGAGCGUGACCCUUGUGGUGGAGGACUUCAAACUGAAGUAUGAAGAUGAGAUCAACAAGCGUGCUGCAGUUGAGAACGAGUUUGUUCUGCUGAAGAAGGACGUCGAUGCCGCAUACAUGAUCAAGGUCGAGCUGGAAGCUAAGGUUGAUGCCCUCACCGAUGAGAUCAACUUCCUCAGAGCCAUCUACGUGGAGGAACUGCGCGAGCUGCAGGCUCAGAUCAAGGACACAUCCGCCAUUGUGGAGAUGGACAACACCAGAUCCCUGGACAUGGACGCCAUCGUGGCAGAGGUGCGCGCUCAGUAUGAGGCCAUCGCUGCCAGCAGCAAAGCUGAGGCUGAGUCCUGGUACAAGGCCAAGGUUGAGGAGAUUCAGACCUCUGCUGUCAAGUACGGAGAUGACCUGCGCACAACCAAGACCGAGAUUGCUGAGCUCACCCGCAUGAUCACCCGUCUCCAGGCCGAAAUUGAGACCGUCAAGGGACAGCGCGCCGCCAUCGAGGCCCAGAUCGCUGAGGCUGAGGCGACCGGUGAGCUGGCAGUGAAGGAUGCCAAGCUGCGCAUCAGGGACCUGGAGGAGGCCAUCCAGAGAGCCAAGGCCGACAUGGCCCGCCAGGUGCGUGAGUACCAGGAGCUGAUGAACGUCAAGCUGGCCCUGGACAUUGAAAUCGCCACCUACAGGAAGCUGCUGGAGGGAGAGGAGUCCAGACUCGCCGCUGGAGGUGCCUCUGCAACAGUCCACGUCCAGGAGACCUCAGCUGCAGUGAGUGCUGGCGGUGGUGGAGGUGGUGGUGCCGGUGCUGGCCUGGGUCUCGGCCUCGGUCUUGGUCUCGGCGGUGGCCUGGCCCUUGGCGGCGGCGGUGGCCUGGCCCUCGGUGGCGGCGGCGGUGGCGGAUUCGGCUACGGCUCUGGCCUGGGCCUGAGCAUGGGCGGCGGCUCCGGCAUCAGCAUUGGCGGCGGCGGCUCCAGCAUGUCCAUCUCCCGCGCCUCUUCCUCCUCCCUGCGUCGCUUCUAAACGAGGACCACCCACCACCUUUCUCUCUUGUUUUCCCUCUAUCCCUCCUCUUCCCACACACUUUCCAGUUCCACCCAAAGACCAUUGUGUGCAGCAAGCGAUGGCAGCAGUGUGAGUCCCC